UGUUUUUAUUUAUUUGUUUACUCUUGCUUUCGAAAAUUUUAAUUUCUACAAUCAUUUAAUAUGCGCACACAUAUUCUCGAUCUUAACGAUGAUUGUAUUGCUUGCGUACUUAAAUAUCUGCCGAUUGAAAAUCACAUGAGUUUUGCAGGAGUUUGCACGCGAUUCCGUCAUGUUUGGCUGGGCUAUCGGAAUUGUCUUUAUAGGCAACUGGAACUUGGAGAAAGCAGCGCUAGAGGAUUGAAACAGGAACUGCUCUUGUUGCGCCAAAUCAGCAGACAUGUGAAGCGUAUUGUUAUCAAUUUUAAUAGGAAAUUCGAUUGGUGCGGAACAUUGUUAACAGAAAUCAUAGGCAUUCUGAAAAAACUGACUGCUCUGGAGCGUGCUAUACUUUGGAUAAAAGACGACGAGCCUUACGAGACCUAUGAAAAGAUUUUGCGAGCAUUUGAGCGUUUGCCACACAUGCAGGGAAUUGCCACCUAUCAGGACAAUUGCAUUGUGGAUAGCUUGUAUCAUUUUAACGAAUGUGAUGAGCUUCUGGCGGAAUCCCGAUUGAGCAGGAACCCUCUGAUUGAGCCCAUCGAUAGGCACACAAAAAUACGGCUACUGAUAUUUAAUAAUGCCUCGAUUCGUCCGACUCUCGAAGAUCUUGUUCGCCACUCAAGCCUCGUUCAGGAGCUCAGUUUAUGCAUGAUCCAAAAGGCCGCCGAGUACACGGCUCUUGCCGAACUGCCAAAUCUAUGCAAGCUAGAGAUCUUUGGCAAUCGCACUAUAGAUUAUGGUUCUCUGAUGCCGCUGGUUGCUGCCGUAUCCUCCAAGCUGUCGCAGCAGCUGCACACUUUGACCAUUCAUGCGCCCAGCCUUGGCUACCAGGAGACCGCUAAAAUCGCACAAAUACGAACAUUGCGGGAAUUGGAUUGUGAUUUUACCGAGCCGCGAUGUCUGGAACUAUUGACAGCUCUUGGUCAGCUGACACAUCUUUCUAUAAAGCUGCCCAAAUCGAGCCCAAUUGAUAGUCUAGUCUUGAAUAUACUUAGAGAGUGUCAUAGCUUAAAUGUGAUAAAAAUAGAUUCACCAGAUUUAGGAACAGAUUUUCUCACUGAAGCAUAUCGCGUGCUGCAGCAGGUGCGAAAUCCAAACGAGAAAAAACCAUUGGUCAUCAUUCUUGGCGAUGAGUCCCAAUUAAUAGAUAUUGAAACGAAUGUCUAUUUAAGGGUAGUCCGUUAAGAUUAAUCCCGAAGAUUGUUUUGUUAAUCAAAAUAAUGUAUGCAACUGAUUUUUAUUUACUUUUACUUUAUUUGCAUAAUAUUUGAAUUUACAAUUUUCGAUCAUUAACAUACAUACAUAAUUUUUUAACAAACAAUACAACUUAAUGACUACCAA